ACUACGGGUGCGCACGUGAUACGAGUGUUCGCGCAUGCCCGACAAUCGACGUUCGCGUUUCAUUUCUUCCGCGCCCCGUCCUGUCUUUUGAUCUUGCGCUUCGUCGACGUCCGUCCGUCCGUUGCUGCAGCUCUUCUACAACAACCGUCCUCAAACAUGUCACUGCCCAUCGAUGACGGCCAAGAUGACCUGAACGUUGGCGGCAGCAACAUGGAUAUACUACGCGAAAUAGACAAAUUUCUUGAAGGUUAUUCAUCCGAUGGCGAAGAGUUACCAUUAGAGGAUAAAAAUAAUGAAUUGGAUAAAUGCGAACCACCAGUGGAUCAUAAAAAAAAUGAAUUAGGUGUCGGUAAAACAUUAAUGGGGAUUAAUAAAUCUGAUUUGGUCAAUGAGAUCAGUACAAAAUCAAACGAUAUUGAAUAUAUUGGUAAAAAUCCAGCCAUUUUUGAACUUCUUGAAGACGAUGAACAUUAUGCUGUGUAUGAUCAUAAUCCAAAUGAAGCUAAUUGGAAUGUUUUCUAUAAAACACUUCCUCCUGGAGAACAACAACUUAGUAUUAAGCAAGAACCAGGAACCGAUGAUGUUAAUGGCAGUUUCAACACUUCUGAUCUAAUUUCAGAAUCCAACACACAGAAUGAAUUGGAAACAUUUUCCUUUUGCAGUGAGAACUUAUGGAACAGAAAAAAUCAACCGUUCAAUAUUAAAGGCGAGCCAUUUGAUAAUGAAGCAAAUAUAACAAAUAAGAGUAAUUCGCCAUUACAUUUUUGUGAAGUUUUGAAUUCCGAAGAAGACACACUUUCAAAAGAAGAAUCCAGAAAAAAUGUUUCAAAUGGUUCUCUUCCAAGUUCUGAUACAUGUACAAACAAUAUAUUGGACAACUUUUCCUUCUUGUCUAACUUUGAAAAUGAAGAAUCCAAUGAUUUUGAACUUAACAAUCCUCAUUUACCUAUGGAAAUAGGUAUUCAAGAUCAGGAUACAGUUAUUUUGGAAGAAAAUUCUUCUAAAAACAUUUCAACAAAAAAAAAUUUUUCAGGUUUUGCUGCUCAGGAAGAUAUCUUAAAGUCAAAGAUUGAAAUGGAAAAUUUUUCAUUUUCACUUGAUAAUAUUAACAAGUCCCAGAGUUCUGCUGCUACUAAACCAUUUAUCAAAAACAGUACUCAUGAAUUAUUUGCAUUUAACCAGCCAUUCAAUCAAAUUUACAAUAACAUCAGUUCAACGUCUUCAGAUCAAUCAAAUACUGAAUUCACAAAUACCUGUAAAAUUUCAAAAAAAAUGUUUAAUAACGGCAAAUUCAUAGAAAAUAAAGAGAAAGUACUCCAAACAAAUAAAGUUUUGUUUUCCCCCGAAAAUCACAACAACACCAACCCAUUUAACUUUGAUAAAACGCAACAAAUUUUUAGUGAUAAUACUAUGAAGAAUAAAAAUCAUAAAACUUGGGCUCCAUUCAAACGAAAUAAUUAUUCAGAUUCUAGAGAUCAACAUCAAAAAUUGUCCUUCAACUUUCAGGAUAAUCGGAAGAAUAAAAAAAACUGGUUUGUUGAACCGCCACAAUUUAAGAAGCAUUUCAAUAAACCUCAAUCAGAUAAAUCAAGAUGGUAUAAGCAAUCACAUAAUGAGGACUUUAACAAAGACUUCAGGCAACCAGUAAAUGCAGUAUGGCGAGGAAAAAAUUAUUUUCCACAAAGCUAUUAUAAACAAAUAAAACCAUAUUGGAAAAAAUCAAGAAACCGUGAACCGAAAUCUCCAGAAAUAAAAUCACCACAACCGAUUAUUAAUUUUCAACUGCCAUUUGUACCAAUAAAUAAAACUUGUAAAUCUAAUUGUUCUUGGAAUUUACCUGUAUUAUCUACUAGACAUAAUUCUGAUGAAAUAACGACUCAAAGUGUUGACGAGAAGAAUUUAAAGAAUUUACAUAAUGUAUCUUUAAAUAUUCCAAAUGGAUAUCAUACUUAUAAACAUAAUUCUGCUGCUGUUAAGCCAAUUGUCGAAAACGGUAUUCCUAAAUUAUUUACAUCUAGCCAGCCAUCAUUUGAUCAAAUUUACAAUAGCACCAGUUUAAAUUGUUCAAACCAAUCAAAUAUUGAAUUCACAAAUACCUGUAUAAACUCAAACAACAAUUUUGAUAGUGGCAAAAUCAUAGAAAAUAAAGAGAAAGUUCUUCAAGCAAAUAAAGUUUUGGUUUCCCCUGAAAAUUACGACAACACCGAAUCAUUUGAUUUCUAUGAAACUCAACACAUUAUAAGUGAUUAUUUAUCUCCAGAAUCAUUAGUUGGUUGUACAGUUAAAUUUACUUCAAGAAAAUUGGCAAAUACUAUCACAAGAGAUCAACUAAUUGAAGCUUUAGCCUUGUAUGGAGAAAUUGAGAAUUCAUGGUGGACACCAGAUGAUUUUUUUUUUGCUACAUAUACUUCAAGGAAAAUUGCUAAACAUGUGUAUGGUUUAUAUCCUAAAAACUAUUCAUGUUCAUAUUAGAUUUAAAAGUAUUUAAAUAUUUAACUUCUUAGAAUGUUUUUAUUUUUUAAGUUUUUUUUUUGU